CAAUGACAGGCGGCAGGCGGUGACUGCCGCUGGGCCUGCAGAGACCGUCCGCCUGGCUCGCCCGAGCUCGCCCGCUGUCCGCCAGCCCGCGGGAGGGAGGAGAGAAGCGGAUCGCUUCCGCGGUUGGCUACUUAGUGUCUUGGUCUCAAGUUGCCUCAUUGCGGCUGGCGUUCCCAAUACAGACGCAUCGUUUCUUUUUUAAUACUUCCUAAGAAACAGAAUAACCUUCAAGCUGGCGGGAGCAAUGGUUCACAUAAAGAAAGGCGAGCUGACCCAAGAGGAGAAGGAGCUACUGGAAGUCAUCGGGAAAGGUACUGUCCAAGAAGCUGGAACAUUAUUAUCCAGCAAGAAUGUUCGUGUCAACUGUUUGGAUGAGAAUGGAAUGACUCCUCUAAUGCAUGCAGCAUAUAAAGGAAAACUCGAUAUGUGCAAAUUACUACUGCGACAUGGAGCCGAUGUAAAUUGUCAUCAGCAUGAACAUGGAUACACAGCCCUCAUGUUUGCUGCACUUUCUGGUAAUAAAGACAUCACAUGGGUAAUGUUAGAAUCUGGUGCUGAGACAGAUGUUGUCAACUCUGUGGGAAGAACAGCAGCUCAGAUGGCAGCCUUUGUGGGUCAACAUGAUUGUGUGACCAUAAUCAACAAUUUCUUUCCUCGAGAGAGACUGGAUUAUUACACUAAGCCCCAGGGACUGGAUAAAGAGCCAAAACUGCCCCCAAAGUUGGCAGGCCCACUGCACAAAAUUAUCACCACAACGAAUCUUCAUCCUGUCAAGAUCGUGAUGCUUGUAAAUGAGAAUCCCCUGCUGACAGAAGAAGCAGCCCUGAAUAAAUGCUACAGAGUGAUGGAUUUGAUUUGUGAGAAAUGUAUGAAGCAAAGAGACAUGAAUGAAGUAUUGGCUAUGAAAAUGCAUUACAUAAGCUGUAUCUUUCAGAAAUGCAUUAACUUCUUAAAAGAUGGAGAGAAUAAACUGGACACCUUGAUCAAAAGCUUGUUAAAAGGCCGAGCUUCUGAUGGCUUUCCAGUGUAUCAAGAAAAGAUCAUUAGAGAAAGUAUCAGAAAAUUUCCUUACUGCGAAGCUACACUCCUCCAGCAGCUGGUUCGAAGCAUUGCUCCUGUUGAAAUUGGUUCUGAUCCCACUGCAUUCUCCGUCCUUACCCAAGCCAUCACUGGCCAGGUGGGUUUUGUGGAUGUGGAAUUUUGCACUACCUGUGGAGAAAAGGGAGCAAGUAAAAGAUGUUCAGUUUGCAAAAUGGUAAUAUAUUGUGAUCAAACCUGCCAGAAAACACACUGGUUUACUCAUAAGAAAAUCUGUAAGAAUCUGAAGGACAUUUACGAAAAGCAACAAUUGGAGGCUGCCAAAGAAAAGAGACAAGAGGAAAACCACAGCAAACUUGAUGUCAAUUCUAACUGUGUUAAUGAAGAGCAACCAGAGGCUGAAGUGGGUAUCUCUCAAAAGGAUUCCAAUCCUGAAGAUUCCGGGGAAGGAAAGAAAGAAUCUCUUGAAAGUGAAGCUGAGUUGGAAGGCUUACAGGAUGGUCCUGCAGUGCCACAGGUGUCCGAGGAGUAAAAGCCAGAGCAAGUGCCAGUGUGGAUGGUCCUCACCCUGCAAGAAGCUGGAAAACUCAUGGGAAUGCAUUGUCCUCGCCUCGUUAUGCCUGCAUGGCACCAUGGCAGGAUUCCACAUUUCAUAGAAUAGAGGUUUUCAAGCAAACCCCUGUUGACCAUGCCCUAAUUUCCUAUUGAUUUCUGUUCUAUAAUUGAACGGAUAUUCCUAUGGAAAAUUUUUUGUUUCAAAAUACAGGAAAAACAUUCCUAUUCCCUUUCUGAGGCUGGCUUUCCAGCAAUUGUUUCAAAGAAAAAUAGAUCCCCUUAAAGAAAAAAUACAGGCUUUAGGGAACAAAGGGACAAGUAGAACAGGUGUGGAAGAGAGAUUUUCAGGAAGGAAAAAAUUUAUAGCUACAGAGAUGGGUAGUUAGAAAAAUCAUAACUUACAUGUGAAUAAAAUACAAGUAAACAGCAUUUACUGUAGUGGCAUUCUACUUAUUAAGAUGCAAUGAAAUGAAGAAAAGCUUUAUGUUCAAGGACCUUUGCCAUAGUUCAGCUAAUUGUAGUUUUAUAUAGAAAUGAUCCUGAACACUCUGAACUUGACGUAGUCCUGCGGUGAUAAUUCUAUCUGCAGUAUUUGUACCUCCAGAAUGGCAGAUCCCUCAGCAGGAACAAAGGCAUAUUGACGGUUCUCUCAGCAUGUGCAUUAAAAAAGGUACUUCCUGAAACUUGUGAUUCAAUAAUGACUAAACAUACUAUGUACACAAUUAUUGUAAGACUAAUUCAAGUGCCAUACUCCACCUGAAAGCCCGAGUUAUCUUGCUAUAAGCUUUUCAUGGAGCACUUCCUUUCCAGAAACUAAUUUGUAACUCAUUUAGAGAAUGUCCUGGCGUCAGUUUUUAGCAUAUGUGGUAUUUAAACAGAGCUAGAAUGUGAUGUCUGAAGAUAAUGCUGCAUUUCUAAGUUUCUUGUGUGGAUUUUAAAAUAAAUUGUGCCUACAAAUAUAAACAA